GGGGACUACUUUGGGAGGCGGAUGGACACGUUAGUUUUGGUGGGCGGGGCCUGCGUGGCCACAAGCACUAUAAAUAAGGGCGGGUGUGCGUCACUCGGCAGAUCCGAGGUUUAGCGCCGCUGGAAACUUUACGCAUUUUUCGCUCAGGGCCGCAGACGUCAACAUGCAGAUCUUUGUGAAGACCCUGACUGGCAAGACCAUCACCCUUGAGGUGGAGCCCAGUGACACCAUUGAGAACGUGAAGGCCAAGAUCCAAGAUAAGGAAGGUAUCCCUCCUGACCAGCAGAGGCUGAUCUUUGCAGGGAAGCAGCUGGAGGAUGGUCGCACCCUGUCUGAUUAUAACAUCCAGAAAGAAUCCACCCUGCACCUGGUGCUGCGCCUGAGAGGUGGCAUGCAGAUCUUCGUGAAAACCCUGACUGGCAAGACCAUCACCCUUGAGGUGGAGCCCAGUGACACCAUUGAGAACGUAAAGGCCAAGAUCCAGGAUAAGGAGGGAAUUCCCCCAGACCAGCAGAGGCUGAUUUUUGCAGGCAAGCAGCUGGAGGACGGGAGAUGGCAGUGGGUGACUGAG